AUGAGCUUCUCCGCUACCACCCAGGGCACCGUCCAUCCAAGCAGCGACCCGUCCAUCUACCAAGAGUACGAGUCCAAAUGGUCAACUCUCCCCUCAGACUCAGCCGGUUGGAUCCAACGCGCAAGAGACGUAGCCGCCGUACUUGCCCCCGACGCCGCUGCGCGUGAGAAAGCCAACAAGACUCCCCGCGCCGAAGUGGCUCUCCUCAAACACUCCGGCCUGCUCAAGAUCCUUGGUCCGAAGGAGUACGGCGGUGGUGAGCAGCCAUGGAGCGUGGCUUACCAAGCGAUCCGGGAAGUCGCCAAGGGUGAUGGCUCGAUCGGCAUGCUCCUAGGCUACCACCUCCUCUGGGCCUUUUCCUCUUCCAUCCUCGGCACCCCCUCCCAAAUCGCCAAAUGGACCGCACUCAUCACCUCCCAAAACCUCUUCGUCGGCGGCGCCGUCAACCCGCGCGACAGCGACCUAGUCAUCACCUCUGACCCCAAUGACUCGACCAAAAUCAUCUUCAACGGCUCCAAACACUUCACCACCGGCGCGGCCGUCUCGGACCUGAUCAUGCUUGAAGGCUCCCUCUCUUCCUCCUCCUCUUUCCCUGAGUCUGGCGGGGGCGCCCACAUCUUCGCCUACGUCCCCACCACCACUCACCCCGGCAUCACCUUCUCCUUCAACUGGGACGCCAUCGGUCUGCGGCUGACCGAAUCGGGCUCAGCGCAAAUCUCCAACGUUUCCGUCCCCUGGGAGGACGCGUUAGGCUGGGAUGCUUCUUCCACAAAACAAGAACCCCUGCCAGACAUCCUAGGAGUCCCCUUCGCCACAUUGUUGCUUCCCACCAUCCAGCUAGUCUUCACCAACUUCUACCUCGGCAUCGCCCGCGCAGCACUCGACCAAGGAGCCUCUUACACGCGCAAGAGCACGCGUCCAUGGCCUUACUUAUCAGGCGGCGAGCGCGAGACCGUUUCCCCUGCGGAGAAGGCCACAGACGAGUUUUAUAUCUUGUCCACGUACGGCACGCACCAUGCGCAUUUAUUGGCUGCUACGGCGCUGGUGGAUAGGGCUAAUGAGGCGGUCGGAGAGCUGUUCGCAGCGUAUAAUCAUGAACGGGGGAAUCGUGGGGAGUUGACGGCGCAGCAAAGGGGUGAGAUAAGCGAGUUAAUUGCGGCUGCCAAGAUCGUGGUGACGGAUGUCGGGCUUAAGGUGACUAGUGAUGUGUUUGAGGUGACGGGGUCAAGGGUGACGGCGAGUAAAGUUGGGUUGGACAGGUUUUGGCGGGACUUGAGGACGCAUACGCUGCAUGAUCCGGUGGCGUAUAAGCGGAGGGAGGUUGGAAGGUGGGUGUUGUUGGGAGAGAUUCCGACACCUACUUGGUAUACGUGA